AUGCAUAGAUUUCGUAAAAAGUCGGACGCGAAAACCACCCUUCCUCCGCUUCAAGUUGGACUACACCUCCAGACUCAAUAUCUUGACCCAGACGACAGCUCAGAUCACCAGGACCUUUUACCCGAAUUACCUUCUGCAGACGAUUUCCGCACGUCGCUCAUCCUUCCAGAUCUUUCUCAACGUUUUUCUCUAUUGCGUGACUCUUCUGGAGACCCUUUAUCGGUGGACGUAUUGAAAUCCAGACUUGCAGACCAACGGGCAAGAGGCGCGGAAAACCAGAUUUCAGAGGAAGAAGAGGAAAUGAUACUCGAGACUCUUGGGCUGCGCCCCAAGACGCCCCAGUCGGGAGAUGGAUCACAGGAAAAUUUGACCGACGGAGUUGGGAGUAUGCGUCAGUCCGUACGAUCCACCGCAACAGCAAAUUCUCUCGCAACGUCAGUAACCUCGUCUCCCAGUUUUCGGUCGAAAAGGUACAGCAACAACCUGUUCGGAUCAGGUCGACUUCGAGACUACUCCUACACUCGUUUAACAUCUGCUGCCCGCUCUUCGAACAAGAACAGCAUACUGUCGACAGACUCGGAGAUCGUUAAAGACCACAGCUUAAAUGACGACAGCCAACCAGAUCCUGCUCCAGCUGCUAUAACUACAGACGUUGUCGCAGACCAACCUCUCCCUGCCAGUGAUAGUCAGGAAACAAAGCUUACAUCGAGUUCGGUCUACAAGCGAGCGUCGCUUGCCCUCGCCCAAGCCAUCAGGGAGUUGGAGGAGGAUGUUGAAGAUGAAGUGGUGAUGCCUCGGUCCAUACCCCUGUCGCGAUCUAGCUUAGACCAGUCGAAGGAAUCAGGUCCCUCUCGCACGCCGCAACAUCAUGAAGCAGGCAUGGCUAUAUCUUCCGAUACUGCAGCAACACCGGAGGCAGAAGUAACGAAAGCAUCACCAAUAUUAUCACGAGUAUCUCCUGGGUAUGUUCCUGGUAUGCCUCGUCCCAUGACACCCCAUGAAGAUAACGAGCAUGAUAUACUUCGAUCUCAUUCAACAACUCCUCGAGCGACACCGUCAUCUGCCAGUUCUCCUGAUCUAUCGCAUACAACGUCUCCGAGCCUUAUCUCAGACAUUUUGAACCAUGGACCCAUACCUACCUCGACACGGCAAUCUUCCGGGAGGCCAACUUCCCCAUUAUCUUCCUCCGCAUUUCUUCACCGCAAAACAAGUAUUCAGAACGAAAGAUCUGUUGGCGAUCCCAACUUUUUUUCAGGUAGUACUCACAAUUGGAGUAGGCCAUCGUCUCCGUUAGCAGGGACCUCCCUCCAUUUCAAUUCUGUAUCCCAGCGCCCAAGCACGCCGUCGAAUGUGACAUGGACUUUUCCUUCCAACAAAAUAUCGCCACAAAAUGUUGUGCAUACGAGAAGUGGAAGCUGGUUCAGCGAUGCGGGGCUCGACAGCGUUGAUACACAUGAAUCCUAUGAGAACCCUCAAGUGUCCGCAACACGUUCACUGCGUUCUCCGGCAUUACCAGACUCUCCAUUGAUCACCGCGACUCAUUCAACCAUGUUGUCCUUCAGCUCAAAACACUCAGGUAACUCCGAAUAUCGACCAUGGUCCCCAAUGUCAGGACUUGAUGGCAACGCACCGAAUUCUUACAUCAGCAGGGCGGUCAGGUCACCCACUCCGACUCAAACAAGCCCCGCUCGUUCGCCCACAUCUCCUACAUUUCCCAGCUUUGACAUAGGCUCAAAAAACGGCAGUCGACGUUCGUCCAAACAGAACUCCUCUUCGCACUUUUCAUUGUCCGCAUUCAAUCCCGUCGUGUUUUCGCCAAUCGCCAACUCUUCUCGUUCGUCCCUAGAAUCUGUUGGAUCUAGUUUCCACUCCGGAGAUGGAGACCGGAACGAUCGUCUGGCUGCAUUCGUAGACAUUGAAUCACCAGAGCCGGCUUGGCAUGAUAUCUCGUUCCCCACUCAUUCACAUUCAACGACUCCUGGAGGAUCACCCGAUGCUGAAUGGAAUGCUGAAGAUGUCAUUAACCGCACCGGAGGCAUAAACAAAUCCGAUAUCUCAGCUAUCCAAGAGAAGCUAGUCGGCUUUGCAUUUGCAAAAACAACUCCGAUAACAGAAGUUCGCGAGCGGGCACCUUCUUUGAGGAGGCGCAGACCCUCAACCUCACAAUCGAAUUAUUCCUUCAACGGACGAAUAGCCAGCCCUCCGCCUCAGUUGCAGGGCCCGACAUCCAAUUCCCCUGAUCAAUUAUCUCCAAAAGCGAGUGCUUUAUUGAAGUCGGUCGUGGACAGCAUCCAGGCUCCGCAGAACGAAUCCAUAAUUCAAACAUCUAUCGGCACCCCAGAAGGUGAAGAAGAUGGAGGAGACAUCUCUCCCAGUACUCGGAGGAAUCGUGAUCUCGCACAAAUCUUGUUCGGAAAUGAGAAUGCAGAUAUCCAGGAGGACACGUUUACACCGCCCGUCACUUCUGUUCAAGUAGAAAGUCCUUUGAUCCCGUAUGGAAAUGAGAUUGAAGGCGAGAAAGCGGGUCCCUUCGUAUCACCUCCUAAUUCAUCGGUUCCUGAGACACCUUCUCUCAGUUCCUCCGGCUCCUAUGCACCCAUACACCCAGACCGUGAUGCUGAUUUAGCGCGUGAAGUUCAACGCAAAGCCGAGGCAGCUAUGAUGGCUCUCAGAAAACACUACAACUCGUCAAAGGAUGGGUUCGGGUCCACGACCUCUCUCCCUCGAAAGCGUAUAGCGCCCCAUCAAAUCUCUACUCCGACGCUAGUCUCUGCAUCCACCAGCGUGGACACAAUCCCUCUGCGUCCUCCUCCAAUAGCCGUCGGUCACCAAACUUCAAAAUUCGGGUCACACUUCAGGAAGCUAAGAGGAACGCUGAAGAAGAAUAAUAACACUCCCGCAAGUGAAGAAGUUACACCAUAUCCACUUGAUAUCCAAGUCACUCCACCUCCUGCCCAAACUAUACAGUAUGAUCCGCGCAAGCUUCAUCCCAUAGGAGGAGUAGCAACGAGCGCUACCGAACUUGGUCGUUUCAACGUCCCUGCAACGCCAAUCACAUCAGUCCCCAGUCCUCCGGCUUCGGCUGGACCGGGUCUCAAAGGAUUUAUGGCACGCUUCCGUGGUAAGCAACGUACCGUGGAUGCAGUCCCGGAGCAUGAACGUCCUCUGAGAGUACCCAUACGCUCAGAGAAACAUCCCACAAGGCCAACGCCUUCAAGCACCCCUACUAUGAACGAGGGAUUUCCUGGCGUCCAUCCCUCACCACAUCCGAUUCAAUCUCCGAAAGCAGAGUCACCUCAUUCUUCGCCGCCAAUGUUACCACCAGUGGUUCCCACCUCCACGGAGGAAUCUGCCGCUCUACGACAGCUUUUCGAUGCGGCAUCCAACCUUGGACUUGAUCAACAAAAAUUAAAUGACUUGCUCUUGGUCCGCUCUGGGUCUACUUCUUCCAAAUUAACUGAUUGGACAAUGCUUACCCGAAACAACUCUACAGCUAAUGCCGAAGGGAAAGUUUCCGAGCAAAAUUCUUCUGAAAGGGCCGUAUCCCCGCCAGGUGACGUUGAUAACUUGGACAGACCGAUUUCCAGAAAACCUUCAAUUCGACAAGCCUCAGAGGCGUCUCACAGACUUAGAGAACGAAGUGUCGAUCCUGCCAGCGUAGUGGUCAGAAGAACUAUCUUCUUCCCAUCUGAUAACAAAGGAGCUCUCCCUGUGAACCUCAAUGCUUUAACCAGGAAGGCAUCUGCUCGCCGUCGCAGGGCGAGUGCUACUUCGAUCUCUAGUCGGUCGGUCCACGAACGUGUUCCUACUCCUCCGCCCCGUCGAGCUUCGUCGAGCCGCCGUCCCUCAACCGAUACUCCGCCGCCAGUCCCUCCGAUUUCCCCGUUGGUCGCUUCUCGUCCUGAUGUUCUCCUCUCGGUCCCCAAUGGCCCUGUUGACAAGGGUUCCGCAUACGACUCGUUCUAUGAGAUGUACGCCGAUGAAAAUUCGAAAGGAAGCACUUCUGAAAGUAAUCAACGAAAUACUACUUUUCCGGACUCUGGCCAAGGAAUCGAAUUCAUCGAGCUUGCCAAUGGUGAGACAAUAUGGCAAAUUGUCAAUGGUCUGCGAGAUGAUGACGCGGAUUCAUUAUACACUGGACGGACGAGCUUUGCCUCUGACUACGACAACGACGAAGGCGUUCAAUUGUUUUUCAAGGAACACGCCAGGUCUGGAUCGAAAGGAAGCGCGUCGUCUUUCAUUUCUCGACGAAAGUCUGUUAAGGGUAAUGGCGGGAACGCUGUGCGCCCUGACACGAAAGUGUUCUUCAGUUCGUCGGCACAGAUUGGGCGUUUGAUUGACAACCUCUCGCAGGGUCUGGACGCUGGUUCCUUCAAUAUACUACCCAGCCAAACAAACGCCGGAUAUUCAGCGACGUCCUCUUUGUCUGAGGGAGAUAUGCAGUUUACAAUGGAAGAACGGCUUGAACGGAUGUUAGGUCGCCUGGAGAGAGGGGAAACAUGA